AUAGAGAGAACAGCAAAAGUGAGUUACAAAAGAAAUAUCGAAAUAAAGAAAAAUAUGACACCAGCCGUUAUUCUACUGCUCUUCUUUCAGUGCUGCUGUGUCUCAGGGCAGCUUAACUUCAGUCCUCUGGUUAACCUGGCACUGAAGGUUUCUGUCGAUGAAGUCAACAAGCAGUCCAGCCGUUUCAACCUUCAUAUGCCAACCAGCAGCGUGGUCCGACAGCUCACACAGGUACGUGAUAACACAUAUGAUAUCCUGCUCAAUUUCAAAAUAAAGGAGACAGUCUGUCGGAAAAAUACCAGGAGAACCGAUAGAUGCCAUUUCAAACAGGGACGUUUUGCGGAAUUGUGCUGGAGUCUUGUGCGUGUUGACAGCAUGUCUGCAGCACCUCUGGGCAUCAGUUGUAUUGCGAAUACAGGUGCACUUGGGUCCAGCUCUGAGUCCAGCAGUGAAGAGGUCUUUUUCUGGGGGACAAGGCGGUUUCCUAUGCGCUCUUUUUCUUAAGGAGUCCAAUCUGGAACAGUUUGACUGCUGUAAUUUGCUUAAAUGUGACAAACUGACGUUUCAAAUAAAACUACCUUUACAUGAGAUUGUUUGUCUUUAAACAAGAUGCAUUUUCAACCAAAAUAAUAUAAUCAAAAUGUUCUUAUUUUGAUGUACAUACUGUAUUCUGUGGUAAACGUAGACUGUCUUUAAUCAAAUUUAACAUGUACACUGUAAAAAACAAUUUGUUGAGUCAACUUAAAAUAAUUUGUAACCUGGCUGCCUUAAAAUUUUAGGUUCAGUCAAGAAAUGUUAAAUUAUACUAAGUGACA